UAUAUGGUGUGCCGAAACAGUCACUUAUCUCGUUCAUAGCUCCCGGGGCUCUAAUAAUGGUCGCCUAUUUCGCCACAACUGUUAUGACAUGUCAUCUGUUGAUUAAAGAGAGAAGCGAUGGUUUAGUGGAGAGAAGUCUUGUGGCGGGAGUCACACCAUUUGAAUUCAUAUUAUCGCACAUUAUAUUACAGACCCUAUUGUUGGCCAUUCAGGUCGGCCUCAAACUGAUGGUCGCGUUCCUUGUCUUCUCGAUACCCAACAGCGGAUCCAUUGUUUCGGCGGUUACUCUGACUUUUCUUCAGGGACUCUGCGGUCUAAUGUUUGGUCUAAUGAUAUCCGCCGUCUGUCACGACGAGAUAUAUGCAAACACUUUAGGAAUCGGUGCCUUCUUUCCCAGUGUUAUGAUUGGAGGAAUAUUCUGGCCGUUGGAGAGUAUGCCGACUGCCCUCCGAUACAUCAGUCAAACGCUGCCCUCAACUCUAGCCAUCGAGACUUUGCGCUGUAUUUUAUUGAGAGGUUGGGGUCUCGACAGGAGUCAACCUUUACCAAAAUUUAAUGUCGAUAUCAACGAGACAUCGGUAUCGGGUCUGUCUUCGGGCGGUUUCUUUGCCGUCCAAAUGCAGAUCGCCUUCUCGUCCAUCAUUAGAGGCGCCGGUAUUAUAGCGGGCGGUCCUUACGAUUGCGGCGGAGAGACAGGUCUGGCGUUUUGCAUGUAUAUGAGCUCACCGUUGGUCUCACUCGCCAUCGAGAGGACCAAUCUAUGGAGCGGUCACUCCAUUGACGACAAAUCAAAUCUCUCGCAUCAGAAAGUGUUUAUGAUUUCUGGCACUAAAGACAUGACAGUCUCGACGUCUGUCAUGAAUCAGUUGUACAAAUACUAUGCGACCGAAAGUCAAUACAUUCCGGCGAAUAAUAUCGAGUAUAAAAAGGAU